CCCUCCUGCUCCGCAUGGGCGGAAAGUCCUUUACCGCUGACAUACGACCCGAUUCGUGCACGUCACUUGCGCAGUAACGGUAUCAGGUUUAAUGGGCUGGACAACUUCUGUUCCAGUCGUGACGGUACCUCUGCGGAGUCUGGCUUGUGCUGUUGCAACCACUGAGUUCUUCUCAAAUCUGCCGUGAACACCAUCAUGGUUGUCCGGGGUUUUGCCGCUGCUGGAGGCCGCUUCGUUGCACCAGACUUUCGACGUGACUGUGCUGUGGUAGAGAUGUAGAAUUAUUUUAACGUGUAUGUUGGCGGUGAUGGGGUUGGUGCGGGCGUUAUGCAGCGACAGACUGCUAGUUUGCCAGUGGUACCAAGUUGGAGGAAGUUGUAGUUUCAGUUCCAAUUCAGAGUUAAAAGAUGCUGCCGGUUCUCAGGUUCUCUUCCAGUUCCUUGGUUGUUGAAGGAAUUUUCCGGAGUUGAGAGGACAGUGGUAAAGAUGUGUUCACGGGAACGAGAAAAAGUUAACAAAGCAGAGAACCCAAGGGUGAAGAAACCUCUGGAAGGACGUUACAGAGGUGUCCGGAAGAGGCCUUGGGGACGAUACGCUGCUGAGAUCAGAGAUUCGAACACAAGAGAGAGACGAUGGUUAGGGACGUUCGAUACUGCAGAGCAGGCUGCGUUGGCGUACGACUCUGCGGCAAGGUCGAUGCGAGGACCAAAGGCCCGGACAAAUUUCGUCUACUCUGCUCAUCAUACAUGCGUUUUCUCCGCAGCGUUGGCUGUUUCAGGAACCUCGAAGGAGAAUCUGCUCCGCUCAGUCGAUUCAAGGCCCCGCAAAUUCGACUGGUUUAGUGCCCUCUCACGCAGUGAGUCCCAGAGGGUUUUCGUAGACUAUAAUGAUAUUGGCGCAGCUCAUCAGCCCUCGGUGAAAUCAAGUCUCGACUACACCGAGGUGCUAAAAAAUAUUGAGAGGUUGGCAAGUGCUAUUAGUGAUCCGCCGAGAUCGCAGCGUGUGAACGGACUUCCUCAGACCAGUUCCGCUAGUAGAAACCACCUCCAAGGUAUUGACAGUAAAGACACUUCCAUGAAGCGCAGUUCCUGGCUGCCUUUAGAUAGUGCCUCUCAAGUCUCAAACCCCACCCCUACCGAAGACGAAGUUGACAAAGUUGCAAAUUCAACGACGCCGAAGUCGAACCUGAGUUGUAGCACAGUUUUCCAACCUUCUUGUGAGGUGCCUUGGAAAGGAUUCAAUGUAGGCUCUCAACAGGGAAAUGUUUCAGAGUCAGGUGGAUCAACUACGUUGGAUAAUGUCGUCGACAGUAUGAUUACCUGCCAUGAAGUCACCCGAACUUUACCCCAGAAUCAUCCAUACAACAGCUUCGGAGUUGGAACAGGAUCCAUUGAUCAAGUUGUCUCUCAGUUCGUAGAAUCAUCUCCGUCUGUGGUUACAGCAGGCACUAGUUCAACACUUGCUUUUAACUCUGACCAAUGCUCGUUUUCAACGCAAAUAUCCUACUCCGACGACUCCUCCAUGUCCAUGGCAUCACCCCCUGCCGACACAGCAUCAUUUCUAGAUUCGGGGGUCCUCUCUCGUUCUUCAGAGGUCGAGUGCCUCCUUGAAGCACGCACUGACGAGGUAUGUAGCUGUUCAAGUUACGGACUAAUCAACCCCAGUCAGAAUCCCGACAACCUUCAGUGCAUGCUUCCCUUGAGCAUGAGGACGUCAUCGCUGGUUCCACAUGAUCUUUAUGCAGAAUCCUCAGCAAGCUGCUCUUUGCAGCCUCCAGCCGCCACGACUGGAGUAGUUCAUUCCUCCGACAACUUCCCUCACAUCUCGGAGCAGGAUCAAUCCAAGACGUGGAGCACCUUGUGCGAACUGCCAGCAUCAUGGGACUCGUCCGGCUUUCUAGCGUCGGAGUCUAUUUAUGAGAAACCUCAUCUCGCUACGGCUUGGACAUCGGAGUGCAUCGAUCUUGUGCAACCAAGCACUCUGUGGGGGUACGAUGAUUGCUACACAUAUGAAUACUUGCCAAGUUUUCCGAUCUUCGAGGUUUGGAAAAGUUCAGAUACCACAAUAGAGGUCUGACCGGACCAUUCAACUGGCUCAAUGCCAGUAACAUCCUUGUACCACGAUAUACCAACUUCGCUUGGACCACUGCAGAUUAGCUGUGAUUGAGCGCAGGAUUAUAGCAUGUGUGUAGUAUUGUUAGUAGUCUUGCUGUUAGAUCAGUAUUCAAAACAUGUGAAAAAGAAACCUACGUACUUAUUGUUAGUCGUCGUGUCUGUAAGAAGUUCUUAUAAUGUAAAUAGUAAUCUAAAACGUAUACUUACGACUUCUGUGCGCAAUCGUCGUCAGUUGAGGAUCCCUGAUACUGUGUGAGGGCUGCAUUUUUGUGUUAAACUAGGAAUCAUUAUGAUGAUUCCGAAUCCAUCGUUCUGAACAAAUAAAAACUUAUGAAUUGUCUUGUAA